CGAGUUUUCACAUCGCAGUGGAAGGGACUUAGUCAACAUGGUGAAGAAGAGAACAAAUGUUAUUCCUAUUAUCGAAGAUGCUAGACAUCCAGCCAAGUACUGUAUGUUGGUUGGAAUGGUGGAUGUAAUAUUUUCAGAUGUUGCUCAGCCAGAUCAGGCAAGAAUUUUGGCUCUAAAUGCAUCAUAUUUUCUCAAGGCUGGAGGUCACUUUGUCAUCUCAAUUGAGGCAAACUGUAUCGAUUCUACUGUUCCUGUCGAGAUAGUAUUUUCCCAGGAAGUGAAGAAGCUGCAGGCGGAGCAGUUCAAGCCUUUUGAGCAAGUUACUCUCGAGCCCUUUGAGCGAGACCAUGCUUGCGUUGUCGGUGGCUAUCGCAUGCCGAAGAAACAGAAAGCUGCCCCUGCAUCAUAAAAGGUCCCAGGUCGCCUUAGUUGUUGUUCAAUCUCCUAUCUUUUAGUCUCUCAGGAUGCACUUGAAUGCCAAUCUUGAUGUACGUCUUUAUUAGAUUGGAAGUUGGAACGCCAAUGUAUUCAAGGUUUUUGGUAGGCUCUUGAAAUAUUAUGAAAUGAGUUC